AUGUCCAACCCAGUGAUUGUUAUAGUUCCGGGUGCAUGGCAUCGACCCAAGCACUACCAACAUGUGAUUGAUGGACUGGAAAAGGUCAACUACGAAGCAGUGGGUGUGACACUGCCCUCAGUGGACUCUAUCCCUCCACACCCCAGCUGGGACCAGGAUGCGCAAGAGAUUCGCGACGUCAUUCUGGGAUAUCUAAAUACUGGCAAAGACGUCAUUACUGUCGCCCACUCCUUCGGCGGAGUUUCCAUGUCCGAGGCCGUUCAGGGACUUGGAAAAGAUGAUCGUGAGAGACAGGGCUUGAAAGGAGCUGUUCUCCGGCUGGUCUAUAUUUGUGCCAUGAUUCUGCCAGCGGGCAAAACUCAUCUCGAGCAACUUGUUCCAGUCAGUCCCGAGGAAGAAGAGAUCGAACGGAUGAAACAAGAGCUUCAAGCCAAGCUUGGCCCAGGAUUGAAUAUUACAGCGGAUGGAGCCAUGCAUCUUGAUAAGAAGGUUGUGGGCGAAGUCCUUUACAAUGGCUGCACUCCUGAAGAUAUCAAAAAAGCCAUCUCCCUUCUGGGAUCUUUCCCUUCGGGUCCACUGGCUGUCCCUGCGACAUACUCGGCUUUCUACGAUUUUCCAUGCACGUAUAUUGUUUGUAAGAAUGAUCGAGCACUUCCAUCUGUUGUCCAGGAACGGAUAGUCGCUCAGAGUCCUGAAAACUUUUUCGUUGAGCGAUGCGACGAGGGCCAUUCGCCGUUCCUGAGUAAUCCCGGUUAUAUUGUGGAAUGUAUUCGCCGAGCGGCUGGAGAAGAUGUAACUAUUGCUUGGCGUCUUCUUCCGAUCAGCCACGUCGUCGCCAGAACACCAGCUGUGACCCAUGCCGACGCUCGAAACGUCGCUGCUUCUUCCCAGAUGAUACAAACUCUGCUGCGAAAGAAAGGCCGUAGUUCCGCAAAGGAAAUUCAAUCUGUGGCACAGAGCGAACUUCCUGGUUUCAACCGAGGUCUUCAGGGGCUUACGGACGCUUCAAAUGACUUGAUUGACCCGAUCAUUAAUGACUUCUCAUCAUGGCUUGACAUGGACUUGGACCCCUUGUUUGCCACUGAUUUGGCUUAUAAUUCGACAAAUGCUCAAUCUUCAAUGAUUCAGCCUGCACAGAUGAAUACUAUGUCCACAUCAAAUACUCAACAGGAAGGCCAGUCUCUUGUGACAAGUCAUCUAUGCAGACAGCCGUCAGAAACAUAUGCGAGAAGCUACCUAACAGGCAACUUGCUGCAUAGUCCGAUUCAUCUACUUACCUCGAAAUUGGAUGCAAGUAUUCUUGAUGAACGGCUUGUACAAAUCUUCAAUGUCAUUGUUAGCGGAUCCGCCUCGAGAUUCAUGGACUAUGAGUGCAACAUGUAUGCAACAGGAAACCGCUACCAUAUAGAGAGUGAUUUCACAGACAGCACACAUGCGUCCUCACCUUCUGAGUUGCAGAGUCCCGCAGUCAACUCUUCGGCUCUGAUGUUGCAAGCUGCCUCACCUUUAGCCUCUACUAAAACGUCUGGUCAAGUUGCAAGAAAUAACGACGGCCUGGAGUCUGACUCUUGCAACUUGACUCUGAUUGGAUGCUUUCGAUUUCUCGAUCACUUGGGUGAUUUAUACGGUAACAGGCUGACGCCGGAAGCACGAAGACAGUCGGAUGCCGCACUCAAAGCCACAAUACGAGUAUUUUCACUCCAAUGGCUACCAAUAUCAGCCAAAUGUGCUUAUGGGGAUCGAGAUUCUGAACUAGAUAACUACACAGAUGCAUGGUUUAGAGCUCAAUCUCUAAUCGGAGCUGCAAACUCUGUUCGAUCAUUUCGUGUCGUCCUUGCAUGUCUUAUGUUUGCUGGGACUGCUGUUCCAUCAAAACUAAAUAUCAACCAGGAUGGAACCAAUAUUUCACAUGAAAUACUCAGACAUGGCCUUCAAAAGCUUCGCGAGCUGGAUGGACUUGUGAAGCAGUAUUGCGCUACACUUGGCUCUUUCUCUAAAUAUGCUAAUUUGGCUGAAGCCAGCUUAAGUGUUAUCCGCUGGAGUGGAUUUCUACGCGAUACUGGGGCAGCACUCACAACAAAUUACAAAGGCAAUCUGCCUUCGCUGUUUAUUGAAGAAAACGUCUUCAUCGAUAGUGAGUCAUCUUCUUCACGGCCAACAUAUCAUGACCUGGAAGACCUGGAUCGCAAAAUCCCGUCCAUAUGCCGAAAGGCGGCCUUGGAGAAAUUUUGCGUAUACAAGAAUAUUGUGGACGUGAAACUCGCUCUUCCAAAAGUACAUAAUGGCUCCAUAAAUCUAUCUCCCAAACUACUCGAAGCAAUCACCUCGGCAGUGACAGCCGUUGGUAGAUUCAACGACUUAUAUCGGCCGUUUAUGACCACUUGCAGAGCGAACUUUGAGAAUCUCUCAAUUCCCUCCAGGAUAUCUUCUGUUUCCACUAUGACGUUCUGGGAUCUUGGAGUUCUUAUUCUUGCCGAAGAAUUGAAACCCUUUGCCAAUGAGAUCAAUCAAUAUUGUGGCUCCGAGGUAAACGCAAGACUGCAUACCUACAGAAGCGAGGCUGCACUUUCUGUCCCUCAAAAUAUUGAAACUAUGCUCUCCUUGCCCGACGAGGAAAUGUUUAACCUUCAGAACGGCUUGAGUGCCGAAGUCCCAAUCUUUGCAUAUCAUGUCACUCCGAGCCUGGUUGUAGCAUCUCUAGAAAAGGCCGUGGAGCAUAUAAUCGACCUGCAAUUCCCUGUAGGCAAGGUCGACGGAUUAAACAAUGGGGAUCUCAGCUUCGACGAUGCGGCCCAUCAUAUCGACUGUCUUAUAAAAGGGCUUUUAUCCCUAGAUGUGACUAUUGGCGGCUCUCAAACAGCCGGAGUGGCAUUUGAAUCCCUGAUGCGCAAAUAUGGCGACAUUAUAUCUGAGUGCUGGUCCUGCAAUUAUGAUACAUGA